GUGGGUGAGCUGUAAUACCAGGGGCUGCUAUGACCUGGGGGGUGUCACACGCCAGGGCAUUGGUUCAUCACCUGGCUGGGUAACUCCACUUGCUCUGGUUUCUCCUCUGCUCUGCAUGCAGACUUUGAAAACCAUGGAUGAGAUGCUGAAGGCCUUGGUGUGCGAGGAUCAGGAGCCCAACCUUCUGGUGCUGCAAAUCAUCUUGAAGGAAGUGGAGGAGUUCAGAGUCCUGGGCCAGCUGGUGGGGUGUCUCACUCUGUGCUGUGUGGAGCAGGAGCAGGAGAUCUGGCAAUCGGCUGUGGAGGGACUUCACCACCUCUUCUCCUUCAUGCAGCUGCUAAAAUCCAAAAUGCUGGUGAAGCACGGCGCAGAGUAUCGGCAGAUCCUCAAGGACAGUCAAACUGAGAGAGCCUUCUGGGUCACCAACAUCAGCAAUAUCACAUCGCUGUUUGGGAAGUACUUCAACCCAUCCGAGCAUGGACUUCCUCCUCGUUGCUAUCGGCGGCGUGAGAGACUCCAGCGUCCAUGGCGCGGUGACGACCAGGAACAUGCUGUGUCAGAGGCUGUGAGGAGCAUUCAUAAGCACCUGGACUCCAUCAGCGAGCCACUUGCCCGGCAGGAGCUGCUCAGGGCCCUUCUCCUGCUGGGUUCCCAGUUCAGCGAGGAGGUGUGUUGCUGCGGAGAUGUGGAAGAUGCUGACAUCCCAGCCCAAGAGCACAGAAAGAUCCUUAGGGAGCUGGUCAGCAGGCUGCAGGGGCAGGCUCCACGGCGGCAUCAGCUCUCUCAGAGACCGGCCGGCGUCGCCUCCUUGGCCGCCACAAGAGCCCUAUAUGUGAUCCUGCAGGAGCAGGCCUGCAGGCAGGAAGUGAAGGAGCUCUUCCCUCAGCUCUACGUCGCGCUGCUCUUCCACGUCACCCACACAGUGCAGCACACUGCUUCGCAGGAGAGGGAGCAUAACCAGGAGGACACGGCCGCACCCCUCAGCCCCGUCAGGUUCGCGGUGAAGGCCAUGGAAGCUUUGCUUCUGCGCUGGCUACAAGGAGCAGGCCACCUUCAUGAUGAAGCAUGGCCGCUGGGACCUGCUCAUGAGCUCCGACACGCACCACAAAGGUGUCUGCCUGCUUGCCCGGUGAGUGCUGCCCAGAACCGAUCACAGCAGCAGCUCCCCUCCCUGGCCCAGGACACGGCCACAUUGCCUUCCCUGCUGGGUGAGACGCGGCUCCCAAUCGCCUGCAUGGAACAGGCCGCAGCCUCUGUGCUGUUGGCCAAGGGGUCAGUCGGCUACUUCUCCACCCUGCGCUGCCUGGCGUAA